ACAUGUUUUGAGUGAAAAUCACAUAUUUUUGUAACACAAUUUCAUUUUUCAAGAAAUACCAACAUCCCAAAACACAAAUAAUGUUCCCAUUAUCAACAAUUUGUUGGUAAUACAUAUAUACAUAUACAUAUAGAUAUUUUUGUCACUAAAUCUUUGGUUCUUUGAUGAACCAUUGAUGAAAUGAAAUGAAGAAAAAGAUUUGGACCCAAGUGAGAAAACAGUAAAAAAAAACCAUAAAGUUAAAAUCUUUUUGCAAUUCCAUACAUACCCAGAAAGAUUUUUUGUUCUGUUUUCAACAUCAUUGUAAAGAUGAGAAAGCAUGGGUGGCAACUUCCUUACCAUCCUCUUCAGGUGGUAGCUGUUUCUGUGUUUUUGGCAUUGGGGUUUGGAUUUUAUGUGUUUUUUGCACCUUUUGUGGGUAAAAAGAUGUAUCAGUAUAUUGUAAUGGGGAUCUACACUCCACUUAUUAUAUCUGCAUUCGGGUUGUAUAUAUGGUGUGCGGGUGCAGAUCCAGCAGAUCCGGGUGUUUUUAAGUCGAAAAAGUAUGUAAAAACUUCAUUUAACAAAAUGGAUGGUCGAGUUAAAGAAUCUAAACUUAAUGGGGAAUCUACAUCAUCAAUACAAGAUGCUAAUGCUGCAAGUGUUGGAGGGAAACAUUCGGCUAAGAAUACAAAGAAUCGUGAUUCGAGAACCGAAGAUAAUGUGUCUGUAAGUGUAAAAGAGACGUCAAGACCAUCUUGCUUUAUGGCGGUAUUGGCUUUGAUUCCUUGUGCUCUGAUGUGCCAUUGCUCCAGUUCCAAUGAAGAGUCUUCAGAAAUUCAAACGAGUGAAGAUGGCAUGUUCUACUGUAGUUUGUGUGAAGUUGAGGUUUUCAAGUACAGCAAGCAUUGUAGAGUUUGUGACAAAUGUGUUAAUCGAUUUGAUCAUCAUUGCAGGUGGCUGAAUAAUUGUGUAGGCAAGAAGAAUUACAGAAAGUUCUUUACUCUUAUGGUUUCGGCUCUUCUACUGCUUAUACUUCAGUGGUCAACUGGGAUUGUUGUCAUGAUAUGCUGUUUUCUUGAUCAUAAGAGGUUCAGUGUAGACAUAACUACCAAACUGGGAAGCAGUUUCUCGUUGGUGCCAUAUGUUAUAGUUGUGGCAGUGUGCACUAUAUUGGCAAUGAUUGCAACGUUGCCACUUAUUCAGCUUUUCUUCUUUCACAUUCUUCUCAUAAAGAAGGGAAUCAGCACUUAUGAUUAUAUCAUUGCAUUAAGAGAGCAGGAGCAGCAAGGGAUCGGUGGGCAGCAAAGUCCUCAAAUGUCACCAGCAAGCUCUAUUACCGGCUUAAGCAGUGCCAGUUCGUUCAAUACUUUCCGACAAGGAGCUUGGUGCACACCCCCACGUCUAUUUGUUGAAGAUCAGUAUGAUGUAGUUCCACCUGAUACUGGUUCAGUUAGCUCACUUGGGAAGAAGACAGUAGACGAGCCCGCCAAGAAAAAAAACCCUACUGCGGUUAAAAUUAGCCCGUGGACCUUGGCCCGUUUGAAUGCAGAGGAGGUGUCGAAAGCUGCAGCUGAAGCCCGAAAGAAGUCCAAAAUUAUACAGCCUAUUUCAAGAAAAGAAGCCCAUCAGACAGGCCCGUACGGCCUCGAAAGAGACAGCAGUCUCGGAAGCAGUGAACGUCGGUUCUUCUCGAGGCUUGACAAUAACCGAAGACGAGGAAGCAAAAGGGUCCGUAUUCCUGAACAUUUACAGCCCAUGGAACAGCCAGCAUCAAACUACAAUAUGGGAAAUGAUAGAAUGACAGGUGGGGAUUUUUCAGGGUUGGUUCCUCUUCAGCUUGAGGCCCGUAGUGUCUUCCGUCCCAUGGGUUCGACCGGUAUCGUUGGGUCAUCCCCAGACAGUAGCUUAGCCUCGCCUGAUAUUCACCCGGUCAGGAUCUCUUCUGGAGCAGAAGAAGCUAGGAAGCUCACAGGGUUCCCACUCACUGGUUCCCAAGAGAAGCAAGGAGUCAUACCACUGUCUAGAUCGACAAGUGAUGGUUAUGAUGCAUCAGGUGGUGAAGAUAGUGACCGUGUCCCAUCUCGGCUGGUUCAAAGAUCUGGAAACUCGAAUGCACGGUUCUUUGGUGCGGAGCAAGAUGAUAGGAUUGGAAGAUUCAAGAUGCCUUCUUCUUCAACAUCUACUUAUCCAAAUGAAAGAAAGAUUUGAAUCAACUUCAUGAUUCUUCAAGGGGUGAAGAUUAUUUUUGCAAUUUUUUCAUUUAUUAGCCCGGGACUGAUAGAGAAGUUGGAUGAUGAACUCGGGUUUUAGUCAACUGGUUGCUAGAAUCGAAAGUUGGAAACUUCAACCAGUUUGCUAGUUCUGGAAAGGGGGAAGAUAUGACAAACAGAAAUGAUUCGUUCAUGUAAAACAAGAUUGUGCAGGCUAUUUCUCAAGUGAUUAGCCAUGUUUUUGUGAAUAUAUUUGUUCAAAAGCAACGUUUCUAGUGGAUAUGUGAAGCUUAAAAAGACUAUGCAUAUCAGUUUAUGGUUUUCUAUAA